AUGGAACCUUCGCAAGGACCUGUAGCGGCCGCACCGGAAGAAGCCCCGACGGCGGAGCCCACUGGAGCGAUGGAAGAGAAGCGGAGAGAAUCGCCCACAACACAGCCCACAGAGGUCUCCGAGAUCACCACAUCGGAGGUCCAGGUUCCGCACGAGAUCGUUGCAGCAGACAACGAACCGCCGCGAUCAGUGUCACCGGGCGCUGGUAAUGGUGUCAACGAUCCUCCAGCCACUGUCGCCGAUCCGCAGAAGGCAACUCCAUCGGAAGUGCCGGAAAUUAGUACGACAUCUGUAGAGCCAGAGGAAGAAACGCCCUCAGUUCCAACCCCGCAGCGACGGCCCACCAAUUGCGGCGGCCUGGAGAGUGACAGGCCCGAAUCGGUGUCAAGUCCGUCUCAUGGGAUAUCCACAUCCGAAGGUCCCCCCGCCACGUUUUCCGCCUGUACGGAGUCAGAGAGCGGAGGGACCUUGAAAGAACCAUCAGCAGCAGCGGCGAUCGGCGAAUUCCAAGCAAGUUCUGCCACCGCCGCCAUCGCUGCCACGUCUUCCACUGUUCCGCUGGUGGACUCCUCGACCUCGGACGCGGACGGUGGCGCGAGUUCGGUGCGAGAAUCUCAGCCUCGUGACACGAGUCACGACCACGAUGACGUGACGAACGCCUCAACCACCACCACCACCGAUGGCGAUGAUCGUGCAGGGCAACGAUCAACCCGAUCAACACCACCACCACCAGCAGCGGCUGUGAUAGACGAGAAGCAGGAGAAGCGAAGCGACCAAGAUGGCGACCAGGCUGGCAAACAGCAACCUUCGGCCGACAACGGCUGCAAUGUGAUAGACCGACGGUCGGAAGAGGUGGCCACCGGUGGCGACAACGGCAAUCAGUGUCCGAAGGAGCCAACGGGUGAAGCGACACCGGAGGACCCUCGGGAACAGGCAGACAACCCCUCUGCCUCGCCCAAUGUGGAGGCACCACCGGCAGUUCCCCCACCGGAACCAGACCCAGGACCUACCGAGGAACCGGUGCAGGUCGGUCCCGUCACCGAAUGUUCCGGGGCUCCUCUUCCUGGAGCUCGAACCACCGCUCCCGGUUCUACUGACUACACAAUGCCACCGGCGAACGCUCCACGCAACCCGCUACAGUUCACCGAGGUGGCAAACGAUGAGGUCGAGCUGAAGGUGGACGGAGGUCACCUGCUUGACCGCGUGAUCAAACUGUCCCUCCUGAAGGGUCUCCAGGACAGUGGGAAGCGGUUAGCGAAGAGCAGCCUCAUCAUCUCCGGGGGUAGCGGCACCGAGGGCCCGAACGGGGAGGCCGCCACCCUCGCGACGACCUCGUCACUGAGCAAAGCGAAAAGUAAUGCGGCCGCUGCCGCUGGCCUGCAGCGGCUGGUGGUGGUGACGGAGGACCACAACAAGACCACACCGCCGGCCCUACAACCGGCAGCGCCCGAGACGGCGGCCCCUGUGCAAGCGGUGGCCAGCAGUAGCACGAAGGAAGCGGGAGAUCCAAUGCCGCCGCCACCCGACAGUAGCAGGAUACGACACUCGAGUGAUAGCAACAGCAGCAGCAGUCCUCCGUCCAGUGCCGGUGAGGGUCCGGUGCUCCGCUGCAACAGUUCGUUGGACUUCCGGGAAGAGACGCCGGAACCGAAGCCACCGGUACCUCCUGCUUCGGGUGGUGACCACCUGCCGAUGAAGGCGCGCAAACCGCAGUACUACGCCAGUAUUCCGGACUUUUCCAAGCAAGGGCUGGCAACGACCCCAACGACCACACCACAGUCCGCCGGGGCCCCAACCAGCAGCAGCGCCGCCACCGUGACGACUACGACCAAAAGUCUGACGCAGCUCCACAUGAAGACACCCGACUUUAGCCGGAUCGUUCCGGUUCCGGGUGGUGGUGGUUCUCCGCCGGUGGCCCCAGUCGCCGCGACGACGGCCGCAGUACUGCGGACGACCAGCGAAUUGAAGAUCUCGAAUCCGGAUUUUUCGAAAGGAUUCGCCAAACAUUUUCAGCCGCAGCCGCAGCAUCACUAUCCGGCGCCGGUUAACCCGAGCGCGGCGGUGCAAUCAACGGUACCACCGCCACCAGUACCGGCAACGUCGUCCGCCCCGUCGUCGUACACCGUGUCACCGGACACGUUCAGCCAGCUGAUCAAGGAGCGCAACUAUAUAGCGGAUCUGCAGCUCAAAAACCCACCACCAGCGCCGUACGGCCAGCAGUCGUCGUCGUCGUCGUCGUCGGGUCCAGUGGAUCCCCCCGCGCCGGUGGCCACCCUCGGUAGGGUCGAGAGCACGAGUGGCACGAGCGCCCCCCGGAAGCGGCCAUCCCCGCCGUUGUACCAGCAGCGAGGAGGUCCGAUCGAUAUGGAGCUCGAGCCGACCGCGCACGUCAUCCACCGUUCCGCGGGCCAUCCGGUGGGCCCCCCUCCUCCGACGGUGGCCCCGAAAACCUGGAACCCACCGCCACCGGCACCGGCCGCAUCAUCGUCUCCGUCACCGUCACGUGACCCAUCACCGUCCUCGUCGUCCUCCUCACCACGACCACCGGGUUGUUACGGGGUGAAGCCACCGGCCACGACCCAGGAGCAGCGGCUUGUGGUGAACAACGUCCGGACGUACUACCCGCCGGAACCGAUUGGCCCACCGGCACCACCACCGGGCAGCCUGCCGAAGCUGAAGGACCCCGAGUUCCGGUUGGACCACAAGGAGCAGCAGCUGCUGCAGGAGGGCACCACGAUCGUCACCGUCAAGCAGCGGGCAGCGGUGGCGAGUGGUAGCACUCCGCAACCGUCGGCCCCGGCCCCCACGAGCCGGCCGCGCUCUCCGUCGGCCGAACGCCGAGCCGGAGGCGAAGCGCAGAUGCUGCAGAACUCACAGGACAUCGUUUAUCGGGACUACCGCCAGCAUAAGCGACCGGUGGCGGCAGCGUACCCUUCGGAUCCGGCCGCAUACCCGUACCCCUAUCACCACCACCACCAGCAGCAGCAGCAUCGGCCAGUUGUCCCACAUGGGAUGAUGCAUCCUCCACCGCCGGCCACCAGCCAGGGUGGCCCCGCAAACCCGUCCUGGUCUGGCCGUGGUGUGUUACGAAGCCCGCACGAUAAUGGCGCGGUUCACCCACACCCACAGCACCACCCGCCUCCGCCUCUGCACGGUCAGUACAAAAACAGCUCACCGAGCCCGGGAUCCGGAUCGGGUUACGCCCCUGCCGCGUACCUACGGACCGGGCAGUCCCCGGCGGGGACCCCUUACCCAGCGGACAGCGAUCGUGAGGUGACGACGGCGAUCAGCUACGGCCACAAGGCCUACAAGGGGCUGGACUACAACAUGGAGCAAAAGUUUGCCGAGGUCUGCCAGGCGCACCAGCUGAAGGCGGCGGAACAGCAGCAAGCCCAGGCUGCGGCCGCCCGACGUCCCGCGCCGCCGCCGGGUGGCGGUGGUCCCCCACCAAAAGCUUACGGUUACGAUCCGUACCAGCACCAGCAUCCGGGGUACUACCAUGCGGGAGCGCCUCCACCACUCCAUCAUCAGACACCGUCCCCGGUGUCGACGCCAUCGCCAGUACCGUCCCCGCAUCACCCACCGUCGCCGCACCUUCGGAAGGGUCCGGUCCAUCCUCCAUCGCGGGAUCCAUCUCCGAUUGCGGUGCCAGGACCUCCCGGGGCUCAGGCACCACCUCACCAACACCACCAACGGUACGGAUCACCGCCGGAGUCCAGUCCGUAUCAUCCGCCGCCUCCCCAUCCGCCUCACCACCAUCAGAAGCCGGCGAGUCACGGGCCACCGAAGGUGGCGAGCAGUGUGGCAUCAACCCCGACCACCACGGGACCCCCGUAUCCCGUGGCAUCGUCGUCUUCGUCGGUUUCGUACCCGUUCGCUGGUGGCUAUCCGGGGGGUGCCCCGCCCUCCGUUACGACCUAUUCCCAUGUACACCACCACCAGUCGGUGAUCAGCAAUGCGUACGAUCGUUCGGGGCAGGCGCCCACUGCGACGCCAGGAACACCAGGAAGCUACGGAGGUCCGGGUGGCCCCGGACCGAAGGUCGCCCCGUAUCAUCCACCACACAGUCCCGCGGCACCAUCCGGAGGCCAUCGGCCCGUGUCCGCAAGCUACUAUCCACCGUCCGCCGUUAUCCAGGCACCGGCGGCGCCGCCGACAGUUCCACCGCCAACACCACUGCCGGUAGCGACCACUCCGCCGGCAUCAUCAUCGGGAAGCAAAAACAUUCCCGUCAGGGUCAUUGCCACGGCCCCACCGGCCGCCGCCGCCACCGCCGGAACUCCCAGUUCGGCGCCGCCGCGUCCCUUGCCAUCGGAAACGGCCCCGACCGGUGGUGGGGUGAUCGUACCGGCGAAGCGGGAAUCUCCACUCGAUCUGUCGGUGAAAACGGUCAAGACGAAGGCGGACUCGACGGGCGGGUGCGACGACUAUGGGAGCAGCGGAAGCAACAGCAGCACCGGCGGCGGCUCCCGGGCGGAGCUACUCCCCCCGAAACUAGACUUCAGUCCCAACUUUAAGAAGCACAUUCCGCAUGCGACGGGACCACCGCCAGGUCCGGUUCCCGGAGGAAGUAGGCCAGCGGAACCGGUGGCGGUGUCGGUGCCACCACCGUCGGCACAGCCACGCCACGUGUCCGUCAUCAGCCCAGCGAUCCCGCCCGGGUACGACAAGCGGACGGACGCGUACAUGUCGGCGAACUACCGGGCGGUCGGAGGGCCGCUGCUACUGGUGGCCCCACAUCAGCCGUAUCCGGGUGCAGCUACCCCAGCAGGAGGUAAACCCGGGGGCCCAUCGGAGGCCGUAGCUCAACCGCCACCAGCGGUCACCGGAAGCAAAAGCGUCUACUACCCACCUGCGUCGUCGUCGUCGGCCAGUGUGAAACCACAAGGAGGUGGUGGAGGCAGUAUCGUAACAGGAGUGGCUUCAACGGGCCGCCCGCAGACGGCGGCAACGCCUUCAGUCCGCGGUCCGGACGAUGCCCGGAUCGCCGAUCGCAAGUUCGUGGAGAGUAUGCUGCGGAAGCAGACGUCCCCGUCGUCCGAUGUGAUGGCGGACCUGCAGUCGGGCAAGUUUCCCUCCCGGUUGCCCCAGAACAUGGUUCCCAAGAAGCGGGCUGCGGCAGCGGCCGCUGCCGCCGCAGCUGCCGAAGCGGCCCGGUCAGCCCCGCUGAUCGCAUCGACGGCCAACGCCACCGCAGUGCCCACCCCGGCUAAGGUCGCCAAGUAUGAGGAGUAUCCGCAUCCGCAACCAGGGCCGGGGAUGGCCCCACAGGUACCAGCACCACCAGCGCUUAUACCAGCAGCCUCCGCCGCCGCCCACGCCGCCGCCGCCGCCUACUACGAGGGCUACCACCUACCCGGAUACCUGAAACAGGGUGGAGCUCCGGCGCUUUAUCAACCACCACAGACCUCGAGCCCGGCAACAUCCUCCUCUCCCGCCGGUUACGGACCUCCGGAAGGUCACUAUUCCUUCGCUGGCGCUUCCAGUAGUAAACGUGCUCCGGAACCGGAACCGAGAUCGGUGGCGACGAUACACCCGUCGGUGAUCACGACCAAUUAUCUGCACCACCACCACCAUCAGCACGUUCCACCGGUGGCCCCAUCGCCUGCAGCGGUACCCCAUCACUAUCCGAUGGGGCCGGACAUCCGGUAUCACCAACUAGCACCGUUUCCACUGCCACCGCCACCCGUUCCCGUUCCGAAGGGGCGUUCCGAUGAACCGCUGGUCGUUUACCAUCACCACCAGGCUCAUCUGCGCGGUGGAUCCUCGGCCCCAUACACGACCUUGGCUCACCCGGAGCGUCCUGCGCCGUCCUUCGCUUACUACCCCGCGAAGGGGCCACCUCCGGGUGAUAUGCUUCACCUGGAUGGCACUGGUUCCGGACCGGCUACCGCUGCCACCGUUCGUUACGGUCCACCGAAGACGAGCGCACCGGAAGUACCACCACCGCAUCACUACCCGCCGGUGGUUCCGGGGCCACCCAUGACCAACCAUGGACCGUCUCCACCACCGCACCCGUCCUCGUCGGUACCGGCACACCGCGGGGCCGAUCAGUCGGUGAUCUCCAAGUUGCGCACGAGCCUCGAGCUGAAAGAGUACGAGAAGCAGCGCAUCAGCCAGCUGCGCAAGCAACCCCCGGAAGAGGAUCAUCCACCCCAUCAGUACCACCACCCCCAGGCACCGCAGCAGCAGCGUGGGUCGGCGAUCGUGCUGAACGGGACGACGAAGGGCCCCGAAAGUGGCCCGCCCGUCGGCAGCGUCGUGUCACCCACUUCGUCCUCUUCUCCGGCAUCCCGGUUCCGGACGAAGGGUGAAUUGAAGGGCUACACGCCACUACCACCGGCACCUGUCACCAACACCACCACGACGACUGGGCGUGUUCCGAGUCCCGGGCCGGAGCCUGGUCCGGCCGCCCCGGAGGCGACCACCAUCGUGCGGCCGACGGGCGACAUCGACGGGGCGUCGGCGCUCGACAUCCUGGACUGGGGCAGCGCCUGCAAUGAGUUUGUCGAGCAGCUGCAGACGGGCAAGAAGCGAGGCCGGCGGAAACAGUCGCUACAACGGGGGCCACCAGCGGUGGGAUCAGACCGGGCCCAGCCCACCGAGGAUUCGCUGAUCAAGAUAGCGGCGACGGGGGACGACGGGGUAGCUAGCGCCGAUCUGUCGGCCGUCCCGCGGGAUGUUCUCCACUCGGCUCGCACGCCACUGAUCGCGAAGGCACCCAGCCAAGGGAGUCCCAGUUCGAGCGACGAGGACAAACCGCUCCUUCUGCUGCGGCGGCAGCAAUCGCAACCACCACCAACCACGGGCGGCCACGAGGAGAUCGCCGAGAGGCUGACGGAGAAGAUCGUGCGCAAUCUGCGUGAGAAGCAGCGGCUGCAGUCGGAGCAGAAGCACGAAGCGAAACUGGGCAGCCCGAGCAGCUCGGACGGGGAGGGUGCUUCACCGGCCGCCGUCGAUCGGCGACGGCGCCGGCUGCGGGCCAGGGUUCGCAAGUUGCGCCAGCGAGCCACCGUCGUGCCCGCGGUUCGCUCGUCCGACGAUGGUGACGUUACGGCGGACGGGGCGGAAGAUGAAAAGCCUGACGGCGCCGCAGCAGGGAAGCGCCCGCGAGUUGAAGAGGGGAGUGGUGGCCGUCCAGGAAGGCGUCCAAAGCGCCGGCUACGGUCCGGAUCGCUCCCGUCCUCGUCGGCAAGCUCGUCCUCGGCGAGCUCCUCGUCGUCCUCGGAUGGUGAAGAGACGAAAAAAGCGCAGGAACCGCAACCACCACCUGCUGCGGGUCCGAGUGGACGGCGACGAGGACGUCCUCGGGGUAGCACGGGUAGGUCGAAGGCGAGUGCCCGGCAGCCAGCGGCACGGUGCCAGAGUGGACCGCUGCGGCAGGAUGCGAACCCCAACAGUGACCUCAGCUCGGAUGAUGACACGGAAUCGAAGGGGUUGCGAGCGGGGGGGACACUGGCCAAAAGUGACACACCGGCACCGGCACCGUCGGCCUCGAGUAAGAAGCGCACCGAUGGAGGCAAAGAACCACCGUCCAGUGGGAGUGGAGGAGGCGGUAAGGCCCACCCGGAUCAGGGACCGACGGCAACGGCGAAAGGCGUGAUCGCUGGCAGGCGGGUUGUAGGGAGGCCACCGCGCUCCUCAAAGCAGCCAACGGCGCCAGCCACCACCACCCGGGAGGCUCGUGCCUCGUCGGCAUCGUCCUCCAGCUCAUCGUCCUCCGGUUCCGGGUCGGCAUCUGGCUCGUCGUCUUCAUCGUCCGGGUCGUCAUCGGCCUCGUCGUCGUCCGACUCCGAGAAGGAGGACCGCGAGACGAUGACCCGUUCGCGCAGCAAACGGGAAGCGGAGCGACGCCGCACCAACAGCAAGGUCCUGCGCAACGACAAGGUCGUCGAGAACUGCACCUCCACCAGGGGGCGACCAGCCAAGAAGGACGUUACCGCCACCGUCGGAGUGAAGAAGAAAAAGCGUCCCCACGAGACGGACUCGGACCCGCUGGGGGCGGCGAAGCGCAAACGGUCCCGUACCAACACCCACAUCAGCACCACCACCGCCACCGCCACCACUACUACGUCUUCUUCUGCGGUGCCAAAAAACGUCCUGGCUAACUCCUCGGCGGCCGAAUCGAUCGCCGGGGAGAGUGGCACCGAUGGCGGCGACGGCGGCGGCCGCGAGGAGCAGACCGCCGAUGACGGUGGUCCGCGGCUGCGAUCGCGCAAAGGGAAGCAGCAGGCAACGGUGCCGUCGACAGUGAGUUCCUCGCGCGGGUCUCGGCGCGCAAGUACCGUGAGCCAGAAGAGUGCCAAUGGCAAGCCCCCGUCAGCCGGUCAAACGCCCCAGCGAAAGAAGUCGGUGAAAGAGGCCGGUGUUGGGGAUCGUCGGAGUGGCGCUGGAGGUUUGUCAACGGAAAAGGCGCCGCCGUUGGAGCCCGACCGCCCGGAUCACUUCUACCCGGGCUGGGAGAAGGAGCUGUACGAGUACAAACGCUCGCUAAAGGUCCCACCGGAGCUGAUCACAAUUGACGGGGGCCUUUACAUGCAUCGGAUCUCCACCUCGCUGCCCGAUCUGGAUUCACCGCACCACAGCGACGGUUCGGAGACGUUCUCGGAGAUCGUGAAGAAGUUGAACCAGAAGGAGGCCGCCGCCGCCGCCAGUUCGCGGCGGUCUUCCGUCAAGACGAAAGCGGUCGCGAAGCAACACCAGCGGCCACCACCAGUUCCACCGGCCACGCCAGUAGCGCCACCGCCACCUCCGCCAUCGAUCACCAGCAGCAACAACAAAAAGUUUAGCUCGAUCAUCGAGCUGCUGCACCGGCGCUGCGUGGCAACGAUGAUGCAGCAGGGCAAGGGUGGUGCCGCCGCCUCGGUGGCCACCAUCACCUCAGGAGGACGCUCGAAAGGAGGGACCAGCGGCGGAGCGGCGGCAGCGAAAAAAUCGAACCCACUGACCAACAACAACAACAACAACGAAGUGGCGGUGGUCGUGGGUGCGAAACUGAAAUCCGAGUACGAGCUACUGCCGACGCCGGGGGCCGAAUCGGAGUCACUGUUCGCGAAGAACAAGAAGAAAAAGUCCCUCUUCGACACGGCCAUCCUGAAGUCGCGGACCCGCACCGAGCAGAAGGCGAUGCAGAGCAAGGAGAUCAUCCGCGAGGUGUUUGGGGGUGACGAGGAGCGACCGCAGUCGGCCCCGCCGCUCGGUGGCAGCUCGGCGUCGUACGACGAGACGUACAACGAGCUGAUGCGGAACGUGGACAAGAUCGUCGGCGAACUGGACGGUGGUGGAGUGGCGGCGACGGCGAUCGUGAAGCAGGAACCGAUCGAGGACGAAGAAGAGGACGGCGGGGAGGAGGAGGAAGAUGGGGAGGAAGAGGAGGACGAUGGUGACGACGACAGUAGCAGCGUGCGGAUGAAGGACUCGGAGCGUGACACUCCGUCGAUCGCGUCGGAACGUGACCUUGGGACGCCCGUACCACCACCCCCACCACCGUGUCCAGGGAGCACCGCUAGUGCCGUUCCCGUGCCAGCCGCUCCGAUCGGCACGGAAAAGAAACGCAACCGUGGCCGCCAUCGCGCGUCCCGCCGGAAGGGCAGUUCGGGGUUUGACUACAUUCGCAAGAAAAAGAAACCCACCUCACACCACCAGUCAGCGGCGGCAGUGGCCGCGGCUUUAGCGGCCUCGGCGGGCGGUUUGAAUGGGGAGCUCGGAGGCCACGACGCCGCCACGGCGGCGGCGGCGAUGGUCCUGAGCCGUAAGAAGGUGCCCGCCUUCGAAGCGCUGGAGGUGAAGGACGAGACCCACAUCAGUAAGGAGAUUCGCAGCUGGGUGCUGAACAAGGGCGUCGGCGAGAGCGUGAUGCACAAGGCCGCCCGUUUGGGUUACACGGACGUGAUCGUGUACUGUUUGGAGCGGCUUGAGAUGGACCCGGAUCUGAAGGACAACGCGGGCUACACGCCGCUGCACGAGGCGUGCGCCAAGGGGCACCUGGACAUCGCGCACUACCUGCUGCAGUACGGGGCAAGCCACUCGGAGUCAGCCCCGUCCGGGAUGCGGCCGUUGCACGAGGCGGUGGAAAACUCGUUCGUGGAAAUCGUACGCCUGCUGCUGGCGUUCGGUGCCGAUCCGCUGCUGACCACGUACGCCGGGCUCCGGCCGACCGAGCUGGCCGAAAGCGACGACAUGCGCCUGUUCCUGGACGACCACCUGGCCGACGUGCAGAGCCUGGCACCGAACAAAGCCGGCUGGAAGUUUGACGGGCCUUGGAAGAUACAUGAUCCGGAAGAAAGUGGGUGCAACGUGUUCGCGGACAUUCCACCGAUCUGCGGUGACGGAAGUGGAACGACGGACGCGAAUGGACCGAUCUCGCUCAACACGAGCGAUCGCAGCAGUCACGUUAAUGGGGUGGAGCUAGACGAGGAGGAGGUGGUUGUCCCAGAGGAGGAACGCAGAAAGAAUGACGUCGCCGUCGUGGUGGACAAGAUCGCCCUGGUCGAUGCGAAAGGUGUUCCGGCUGCUGGUGGUGGGCUUCGAAACGGGAAAAUCAAGCGUAAGCCACGCUUGAAGGAGGAAGCCACGCCUGCGGUGUUGCUAGUGAAUGGGAGCGGCGCCAAAGUGGCCACCAAAGCGAAGGUGGUACAGAACCGAGGAGCACGAGACCCGUCGCCGCCGUUCGGUGGCGUAGAUCAUCGUCGAUCAGUCGAUGAUUUGGAUCGCCACGAUGGUGACGAGGAGGAGGAGGAAAACGACGACCACGGGGACGGCGGUGAUCUGAUGUUCGAGUACGAGGAAGCGGAUCGUCCACUGCCGCCGCUGUACGUGCUGAAGGACGAAAACAACGAACGGUGGAUGCUGAUGAGCGACCUUUGCACCUUCCUUAAGUUCAAAUCGAAGGAGGCCGUACUGAAACAGAUCUGUCCCAACAGUACGCCCCAGGCGAGCCAGCGCGAUCUGAUACGGGAGAUGAAAAUCGAGGAGUUCCUAGCGCGGGCCAACUGCCUGCAGUUGCUGUGCGCCGGCGAGAAGCUCAACAUUCACGCCUCGAAGGUGGUGCUGGUGAAGUACAACGACAGCGUGCGCAAUCUGCUGCAGGUGCAAAGUGUCGUGACGCGCAUCUAG